AUGAAGAACUGCGUGCCGAUGAUCCAGGUCUGGGCCACGCUCAACGACCGGACCUUCAAGCCCCUCGAGUUCGGCGCGGCGGAAGUGUACGCUUCGAAGCUCGGCCGGCAGCUCGACGCGGAUGGCGACAGCGAGUUGUCGUUGAAGGAGGUUUUACCGAGAUUCUCAUCCUCAAGAGUUCGUGGCAAGGAUGCCAAACUGUUGUCCACAGAGUCGCUGGCGUACCACGAUAUGAACGCCGAUGGCCACACCACCGUAGACGAGUUCGCUACAGCUUUUGCUGCUUGGAGUGCCGUCGAAUGGCAGGCGAAGAAGGACUGCGGGCAAAACAUUGAAUUACAAGCUCACGCCAGCUUGUGAUUGGUAAAUCAUGACCCCCCUCCCAAGGCUGAUGUAUAGACCCCGCGGGGCGCGAAACGAUUGAUCACGUGCGCCAGGGGAUUGUCGCGGGCGCCGCCGAGUGGAGAGUGUCCCCCUCUGAGUGGCAGCCUCAAGGCCACUGCCUGUUAUAGAGCAGUUGUGUUAGGGAUCGUAUUCAUUCGAGG